UGACGUGUGCGUUUGAAAGUCAGGCUAGAACUGUUUUGUAGUUCUAGAGUUUGCCCAUCUGAGGUAGUUAGAACGUGAGGGUCCAAGGCUUAAAAUAAGCCUAAUUUUAUUUAUUAACCUAUAGUUAUAUUAUAUUAUUAGACAAUUUAACUAUUCUAACAAUUGUUAGGGAGAAUGACUGGCUACCAGACGUACCAAGACUUUAUCCAACAGAACGAAGAUCGAGAUGGAAUUCGAUUUAGUUGGAAUGUAUGGCCCUCUAGUCGACUUGAAGCUACAAGAUUAGUGGUUCCACUCGGUUCACUGUUCACACCACUGAAAGAAAGACCUGACCUUCCCCCAGUACAGUAUGAUCCUGUGCUUUGUAAUCGUCCAACUUGUAGAGCCAUCCUAAAUCCUUUAUGCCAGGUUGACUAUCGUGCCAAGCUUUGGGUGUGCAACUUUUGUUUUCAAAGAAAUCAAUUUCCUCCUCAAUAUGCAGCUAUUUCAGAACACCACCAACCUGCCGAACUUAUUCCACAGUUCUCUACAAUUGAAUACACAAUUAGUAGAGCAACUUGUCUCCCACCUAUUUUCCUUUUUGUUGUUGACACUUGUGUGGAUGAUGAAGAGCUGACAGCACUAAAGGAAUCCCUACAGAUGUCUCUUUCCCUGUUGCCACCAAAUGCUCUUAUUGGCUUGAUAACUUUUGGCAAGAUGGUUCAGGUUCAUGAGCUUGGAUGUGAAGGAAUCUCUAAAAGUUAUGUUUUCAGAGGAACAAAGGACCUUACAGCCAAACAAAUACAGGACAUGCUUGGGAUUGGCAAGUUCCACCAACAACAGCAACCCACAAACCCUCAGCCACCAGCACCAGGCCAGCCAGUUCCAGCUGCUAAUAAGUUUUUGCAACCUGUUCACAAAUGUGACAUGAGCUUAACAGACUUACUUGGAGAACUCCAGCGUGAUCCUUGGCCAGUUUCUCAAGGCAAACGCCCAUUGAGGUCAACAGGAGUGGCCAUGUCAAUUGCUGUUGGACUAUUAGAAUGUACCUAUCCUAAUGCUGGAGCUAGGAUAAUGUUAUUUGUAGGUGGAGCUUGUACACAAGGCCCAGGUAUGGUUGUCGGUGAUGAAUUAAAAAAUACCAUCCGGUCUCAUCAUGACAUUGACAAAGAUAAUUGUAAACACAUGAAAAAAGCCAUAAAACACUAUGAUGGGUUAGCAAAUCGAGCUGCCAGUAAUGGACACAUUAUUGACAUCUACUCUUGUGCACUGGACCAAACAGGUUUACAUGAGAUGAAGUCUUGCACCCAUCUAACUGGUGGGCACGUAGUAAUGGGAGACUCCUUCAACUCGUCCCUUUUCAAACAGACCUUUCAGAGAGUUUUUGCUAAAGACAGUAAAGGAGAGUUUCAGAUGGCUUUUAAUGGAGUUUUGGAAGUAAAGACAUCCAGGGAGUUGAAAGUUUCUGGAGCAAUAGGAUCUUGCAUUUCAAUGAACACAAAGAGUGCCAGUGUAUCAGAUACAGAACUAGGUAUUGGAGGAACUUGUCAGUGGAAGUUCUGUGGUAUUAACCCUAACACCACAGUUGGAAUAUUCUUUGAAGUGAUUAAUCAGCACAAUGCCCCAAUUCCCCAAGGUGGGAGAGGUUGUGUUCAGUUGAUUAUGCAAUACCAGCAUUCUAGUGGUCAGAAACGAGUUAGAGUGACAACAGUUGCCCGAAACUGGGCAGAUGCAACAACCAAUCUUCACCACAUCGCUGCAGGGUUUGACCAGGAAGCUGCUGCUGUUUUGAUGGCAAGAAUUGCAUGUUUCCGUGCAGAAAGUGAUGAUGGAGCAGAUGUUUUAAGGUGGCUGGACCGAAUGUUGAUAAAACUGUGUCAGAAGUUUGGAGAGUACAGCAAAGAUGACCCCAACUCAUUUCGUUUUGCUGAAAAUUUUUCACUUUAUCCUCAGUUCAUGUUCCAUUUACGUCGUUCACAGUUUCUUCAAGUAUUCAAUAACAGCCCUGAUGAGACCUCAUAUUAUAGAGAUUUGUUAAUGAGAGAAGACCUCACCCAAUCUCUGAUCAUGGUCCAACCUAUUCUUUAUGCCUACUCUUUCAAUGGUCCACCCGAGCCUGUGUUGCUAGACACCAACAGUAUACAACCCGAUAGGAUCCUGCUUAUGGACACAUUUUUCCAUAUUGUCAUUUUCCAUGGAGAGACCAUAGCACAAUGGAGAAAGGCUGGUUAUCAAAACUCACCUGAACAUGAGAACUUCAGGCAACUUCUUCAGGCUCCAGUUAAUGAUGCUCAGGAAAUCCUACAGACUCGUUUCCCCAUGCCUCGUUAUAUUGACUGUGAUCAGGGAGGCUCACAGGCAAGAUUUUUACUGUCUAAGGUGAAUCCUUCAAUUACUCACAACAAUAUGUAUGGAUGGGGUCAGACUUCGUAUCAAACGGAGAGUGGUGCUCCUGUCCUUACAGAUGAUGUCAGUCUUCAAGUUUUCAUGGAUCAUCUCAAAAAGCUGGCAGUAUCAAGUUCAGCUUAAAUGUUACAAAAUGUAUUUAUGAAACGAAUAUACUUUGUUUUGAUAAUUUUCCUUUCCCUCCUUAGCAAAUUUUGGUGUCAAAUGUAUAUUCUCUAAGCACUAUUAUUAUAAAGGUUUCUAGCAACAGAAUGACGAAGUGUAGUUGAAAAAAUUUGAUGCAUGUUCCUAAAUUCAAGGAAUAAAACAACAAUUGUAACAUAAC